AGUUUGGAGCGACCGCCACAACUCGCCUGCUGUGUGGCCGUUAGCUGCGACUUACUCCACCAUACAGAAGUAAGAUGAGAGGCUACGGAGCUGCUGGGGUGUUGGCACCUUUGCUGGUGUUGACGGUGAUGCUGUCAGCCGUGCAGGGCCAGGUGCCAGCGCUGGGGGCCUGUCCAGACAUGCAGACGGUGCCCGGCUUCGACAUGGCCAGGUACAUGGGCCGGUGGUACGAGGCGGAGCGCUACUUCGCGCUGUUCGAGUUUGGCGGCAAGUGCGUCAGCGCCAACUACACCGACUCCGGCGAGGGCCGCGUCGCCAUCGUCAACAGGCAGACCAGCUCCAUAACUGGUAUACGAUCAACGAUUGAGGGUGAGGUUCGGAUCCUGGGCCGCACGGAUGACUCCAAGCUCAACGUCCGAUUUCCAUCCCUGCCAGUCACGUUUACGGCGCCGUACUGGAUCCUCGACACAGACUACGACAGCUUCGCCGUCGUGUGGUCGUGCACCAACUUCGGGCUCUUCAGCAUACGUAACGCUUGGAUCCUGACACGCGACCGCUUCCCGACGCUGGAGGUGAUGGAGCGCGCCUACUCUGCCGUGGACCGCCACGGCGUCUCCAGGGCUUUCUUCAUCCGGACCGACCAGAGGAACUGUCCCAGCGUCUACUGAGCUCGCGGCCGCUUCACGCCGUGCCAGCGUCCUGGAUUCACUGCGUGAACUGUCCAAUCUUAUGACUCCCUUGAGGAAAAUAGCCCAUAUGUAUUCCGAAAGACUAUAGGGAACGUCUGUCUACAAAGAUACGCGUCGCUACGCUUUGGACUACAUCUUUCAAUCUGUGAUCCUACUGUUUAGGUUCGAAGACCAUGGUCUACUUGAAGAAAUAUUAUAAUUAGGUCUUUUUACUGAAGACCACGGUCUAGU